UUCAUCGUCUCGCCUCUGUCUCUGCGCUUUUUCUCCAUCUCUACUGGUCUUCACGUAUCUGCAGGUCUUCAUUGUUAAUGUUGGCUAUCACUUGAUUGUCUCACUUGGUCUUCCAUACCUCUGCUCAUCCUUAUCGUCUUUGUUUAUCCUGGUAAACUUGGUUUAUAGUUCUCAUCCCCGCCUGCCCUCAUUGUCUCUGCUGUCUUUGCUCCUCUCAUCUUCACUGUCCUUGCUCCCCUUCAUCUACUGCACCUCUGCUGCUCGACAUCAACUGCACUUGUCAUUGUUGACCUCAUUCAUUCACAGCUUCAUUGACUCUGUGCUGCUCUGCUUUAUCUUUGUUCUUCUUUACCUUCUGCCUCGUCUUUCAUCAGUCCCAUACCGUCUUCACUCAUCCUCAUCAUCUCUCCCUGGUCUGUCUUGUGUUCAUCGCUCCGGUAUUUGAGCUCGUCCUCAUCUGUUUCUGCCCAUCUUUGUUGCCCAUCUUUGAGUCAUGUCUGACCGUUUCUCUGUGGAGGAUGACUGCGCCUCGCUGCUGUCGAAGCUCGGCUCAGACUCACCACGUCCUCGGAUGAAGUUUGGUGGGAUGUUCUGUAAUGUCGAAGGAGCAUUUGAGAACAAAACAUUGAACUUCGAGUCAUACAGUCCUCAAACGCAGAGAAGACGAGUCAACAGGUCUGAUGGACAUGUGCGAGAAGUGAAGGCGGAGCCAGGAGGACACACCCACCUGCACAGCAAGCGAAAGGAGGAGACCAACAGUUUGUUAAUCAAAGGUGGAAAGAUCGUCAAUGAUGACCAGUCCUUCUACGCCGACGUCUACGUGGAAGACAGAACCAUCAUGCAGAUCGGGGAGAACCUGCUGGUUCCGUCCGGUGUGAAGACCAUCGAUGCGUACGGUCAGCUGGUCAUCCCUGGAGGAAUCGACGCCAACACUAAUCUGCAUGCCCCCCAGAGAGACUUGAGCCCAGCUGAUGACUUCUACCAGGGCACCCGAGCAGCUCUGGCUGGAGGAACCACCACGAUCAUCGAUCACGUCCUGGUGGAGCCCGGGUCCAGCCUGCUGUCGGUGUUUCAGCGCUGGAAAGAGGCAGCUGAAGAGCGUGUGUGCUGCGACUUCUCUCUCCAUGUGGAUGUGACCCGCUGGCAUGACGGUCUCGUGGAGGACCUGGAGUCACUUGUCAAACAUGAAGGCGUCAACUCCUUCCUGUUUUUCCUGGCGUACAAAGACCGUUACCAAAGCUCAGACUCUGAGCUUUACGAGGCCUUCGGCGUCUUGAGGGAGCUGGGAGCAGUCGCCUUGGUUCAUGCUGAGAACGGUGACAUCAUCCAGGAGGAACAAAAGAAGGUUCUGAGUCUUGGUAUCACUGGACCUGAAGGUCACGUCCUGUCCCGCCCAGAGGAGGUGGAAACGGAGGCCAUCUACCGAGCCACCACGAUCGCCAAACAAGCUAACUGCCCGCUCUACGUCACCAAGGUGAUGAGCAAACCGGCCGCUGAUGUCAUCGCCAAAGCACGGAAAAAAGGAAUGUUGGUGUUCGGUGAGUCCAUCACUGCCAGUUUGGCAAUCGACGGCUCCAACUACUGGGCCAAAGACUGGAGCACUGCUGCAGCCAUGGUCAUGAGUCCCCCUCUGAACCCCGACCCUUCGACACCUGCUUACUUGGCCUCUCUCCUAGCGUGUGGUGACCUCCAGGUGACCUCUAGCGCUCACGCCGGCUUCUCUUCAGCUCAGAAGGCCGUCGGGAAAGACGACUUCACUCUGAUUCCUGAGGGAACAAACGGGAUUGAGGAGAGGAUGUCGGUGGUUUGGGACAAAACUGUGUGUCCGGGCAAGAUGGACGAGAACCAGUUUGUUGCUGUAACAAGCUCCAACGCUGCCAAACUUUUCAACAUCUAUCCACGCAAAGGUCGCAUUGCGGUUGGGUCCGAUGCCGACAUUGUUAUCUGGAACCCAAAAGAGAUCAAGUCGGUGUCUGCGAAAAGCCACAACCUGACCGUUGAAGUCAACGUUCUGGAGGGUCAAGAGUUCCGUGGUGUGCCCUCUGUGGUCAUCAGCGGAGGACGGGUUGUGUUCCAGGACGGAAAACUGGACGUGACGGAAGGUUCUGGCCGCUUCAUUGCCAGAAAGGCCUUUCCGGACAUUGUUUACCGGAGGAUCCGGGCUCGCAGCAAGAUGGCUGAGAGUCGCGGUGUUCCCAGAGGAAACUAUGAUGGUCCGGUUCAUGACGUCAUAAAUAUGACCAAGUCUAUGCCACCUACUCCAACCAGCAGGGGGCCCGCUUGUCCCAAAGUCCAGGUGGGGCAACGAAACCUCCACCAAUCAGGAUUCACUUUGUCAGGCACUCAGAUCGAUGACCACAUCCCUCGACGCUCCACUCAGAGGAUUGUAGCGCCGCCUGGAGGAAAAUCCAACAUUACAUCUUUGUCUUAAUCGAGACAAGAUCGUUUGGCCAUUCCAUUCCCAUAGCAUAUUCUCUGCAUCUGAAACAAUGUAGCACUGUAGCUGAUGGUAGGUGACUCUAGCUCCGACAUCUUCUCCAUAACUCCUCGUCAACCAGAAACAAGUGAAUGUUCGAGUGAAACAUGGUCGUGGAUUUUUUUUUAAUCUGUGAACUCCCUGUUUUUAUGGCAAUAAAGGUU